CUCCGCCCUCCGUUUCUCCAGCCCGGCAGCCGCGGAGGUCGCUGCAGGCUUUCUCUCCCGCUGCCUCCGCCACGCCAUGGAGAAGAGCUCGAGUUGCGAGAGUCUUGGCUCCCAGCCGGCAGUAGCAUGUCCACCCAGCGUGGAUUCCCUGUCCAGGCUAUAAGCUACUUGAGGACAAGGAUCGUAUUCAUCUUCAUAUCACCAGCAUUAAACACAGACCCUGCCUGUCAGAGUUAACGCGUUAAGAGCCAUUGACAUUUGAAGAUCAUCAGAAGUGAAGAUAAAACAUCUCAAAAAUUAUAAUUGCUUCUACUUCUCAUUCAGAGAAUUCAGUGCAUACAAAAUCAGCUUCUGUUGUAUCAUUGGAUUCCAUAUCAACUUCUGCAGAGAACUUUUCUCCUGAUUUGAGGGUCCUGAGGGAGUCUAACAAAUUAGCAGAAAUGGAAGAACCACCCUUACUUCCAGGAGAAAAUAUUAAAGACAUGGCCAAAGAUGUAACUUAUAUAUGUCCAUUCACUGGUGCUGUACGAGGAACUGUUACGAACUACAGGUUAUAUUUCAAAAGCAUGGAACGGGAUCCCCCAUUUGUUUUAGAUGCUUCUCUUGGUGUUAUAAGUAGAGUAGAAAAAAUUGGUGGUACUUCUAGUCGAGGUGAAAACUCUUACGGACUUGAAACUGUGUGCAAGGAUAUUCGGAACUUACGGUUUGCUCAUAAACCUGAGGGGUGAACAAGAAGAUCUAUACUUGAGAAUCUAAUGAAAUAUGCAUUUCCUGUCUCUAAUAACCUGCCUCUUUUUGCUUUUGAGUACAAAGAAGUAUUCCCUGAAAACGGGUGGAAGCUAUAUGACUCUCUUUUAGAGUAUAGAAGGCAGGGAAUUCCAAAUGAAAGCUGGAGAAUAACAAAGAUAAAUGAACGGUAUGAGCUUUGUGAUACAUACCCUGCCCUCUUGGUUGUGCCGGCAAAUAUUCCUGAUGAAGAAUUAAAGAGAGUGGCAUCCUUCAGAUCACGGGGCCAUAUCCCAGUUUUAUCAUGGAUUCAUCCUGAAAGUCAAGCCACAAUCACUCAGUGCAGCCAGCCCAUGGUAGGGGUAAGUGGGAAGCGAAGCAAAGAAGAUGAAAAAUACCUUCAAGCCAUUAUGGACUCCAAUGCCCAAUCUCAUAAAAUGUUUAUAUUUGACGCCCGGCCAAGUGUUAAUGCUGUUGCCAAUAAGGCAAAAGGUGGAGGUUAUGAAAGUGAAGAUGCCUAUCAAAAUGCAGAACUAGUUUUUCUAGAUAACCACAAUAUCCAUGUUAUGAGAGAAUCUUUACGAAAACUGAAGGAGAUUGUGUAGCCCAACAUUGAGGAGACCCACUGGUUGUCUAACUUGGAAUCUACUCACUGGCUAGAGCAUAUUAAGCUUAUUCUCGCAGGGGCUCUUAGGAUUGCUGACAAAGUAGAGUCAGGAAAGACGUCUGUGGUAGUCCACUGCAGUGAUGGCUGGGAUCGCACAGCUCAGCUGACCUCCCUGGCCAUGCUCAUGUUGGAUGGAUACUACCGAACCAUCCAAGGAUUUGAAGUCCUUGUGGAGAAAGAGUGGCUAAGCUUUGGCCAUCGAUUUCAGCUUAGACUUGGCCAUGGAGAUAAGAACCAUGCAGAUGCAGACAGAUCACCUGUUUUUCUUCAGUUUAUUGACUGUGUCUGGCAAAUGACAAGACAGUUUCCUACAGCAUUUGAAUUCAAUGAAUAUUUUCUCAUUACCAUUUUGGACCACCUAUAUAGCUGUUUGUUUGGAACAUUCCUCUGUAACAGUGAACAGCAGAGAGGAAAAGAGGAGCCCAUUCACAACAGACAUAAAGAACUUCUUGCUAAACGAGCAGAGCUUCAGAAGAAAGUAGAGGAAAUACAGAGAGAAAUUUCCAACCGAUCAACCUCAUGCUCGGAGAGAGCCAGUUCUCCUGCACAGUGUGUCAUUCCUGUACAGACUGUUGUGUGAGAGGACUACUGGAUGGGGCCAUCGGUCAUCGCCAUGAACUCUGAUUACAAUGGCAGCUUCAUGAAGAGAAAGUUUCUGAAUAUAGAACCCAUCUGUGAGAGAACUUAAGUCACUUUAUUUAUUUUAAAUCUCUCUAGGAUGUGUUUAGAACUGUAGCAGUGCAGGGGUUUAAGUGAAAUAACCCCACAUGUAAUUACAUGAUUAUGACACUAAUCUUACAAGUCACCCAAAGAAUAUUAAAAUGCUUCAGUCCUGGAUCCACAGUGGGAACAAUUUUCUGAUUUUAAAAGGAAAAUGCUGUCUCAGAAAUUUUGGUGUAUGGUAAAAUCAAAACACAAACUACUUCAGAAAUAUACUUCUUGAUGGAAGAGCACUCAUUGCACAGAAGGAGGAGCAACAGUUUUCAAACCAAACCAAUACUGGCAUUUCAUGGCAUUGUACAUACUGGGCCUCAGUGUCAUAAUCAAGAUCAUUUGAUGCUCCUUUCCCCAUCAUGGGUUUUUCCUUUU